AGAAGACGAUGCUGUCAGCAGUUGAAAGGAAUUUAAAAUUAUGUGUAACUUCUAUUUGAAGCAAAAUCAUAAAUUAAAAUAAUACAUAAAAAGAAAUUGUAAGCACUUAUAUUCCGAAGAGAUUCAUAUAUGUAAUUUAUUUCAGUGUAAUAUUGUUUUAAGCAUUAAGUAAAAAUGAUACCCCUAGGAAACAGAAUUGAGGACUAUCAAGUACAGAAUUUAUUGGGAAAAGGCGGAUUUGCAUCCGUCCACCGAGCAAGAUGUUUAAAAACAGGCAUAGAAGUUGCUAUCAAAAUGAUCGAUAAAAAACACAUGAAGGCCAAAAACAUGAUAAGUCGUGUAAUACAAGAAGUGGAGAUACAUUUAAGAUUAAAGCACAGUUCUAUUUUGGAGUUAUAUAAAUGGUUCGAUGAUAAUGAUUAUGUGUAUUUGGUUUUGGAACUGUGCCCCAAUGGAGAUUUACAAAAUUAUUUAAGAGAAAAGGCUUUGUCAGAAAAUGAAGUCAGCAAUAUUAUGACACAGGUGGUUGAAGGAAUCAAGUAUCUUCAUUCUUAUAAUAUUUUACAUAGAGAUUUAUCUUUGUCCAAUUUAUUACUUAGCAGUAAUAUGAAAGUAAAAAUAGCUGAUUUUGGUCUAGCAACUCAACUAGCCACCCCAGACGAAAAACAUAUGACGCUGUGCGGCACUCCCAACUUUAUUUCACCCGAAGUCGCGACAAGAGGAUCUCACGGACGGGAAGCUGAUGUUUGGGGAUUAGGUUGUCUCCUAUAUACACUACUAGUGGGGUCACCACCGUUCGAUACACCUGGUGUAAAAAGUACUUUAACGAAGAUUGUUAUGUCCAACUAUAAUUUACCGAGUUAUUUGUCUUCAGAAGCGAAAGAUCUUAUAAAUUCUUUAUUACAAAAGAAUCCAAAAGAUCGAAUGCAGUUGGAUCAAAUACUGGAGCAUCCUUUUAUGAAAAGGGGACGGAAUAUGGUGUAUCAUGUCAGCCACGAUAGUGGAAAUUAUACAAUGUCAAGCAAACGAGAUAGUACAUUCGGAGACAACAUAUCACUUCCACAUUCUCAAAAUGUAUAUACUACCAAUGGUCUUAUUAGGAAAGCAAAUAGUAAUUGUUUACCUCUGCAGAAUAAUUAUGUUGACAAUCAGUUACCUUCAGACAUGGAACGGCUUCGUGUUCGAAGUUAUGAAGGCCUCCCCACAUACAGAGACUCUAGACCAACAGAACAAAUUUCAAGAUGUUGUUCUCAAAAUUCCCAUUGUUGUUGCAAUGGACCCGUAUCCAGUUUAAGAAGUUGUAGUCAAGAGCGAGCGAUACCUGUUGAUCCAGGAGGGUAUCAAUACCAACCUAAGUAUAAUACAGGAUCCUUACAUUCGCAUCACUCGGAUCCCCCGUUGAGUUCGAACAUAGGAACUCACGUCAACCAUCAAGUAUCUGCAGGCCGCAUUCAUUCACCUCACCUUCAAACAGAGAAACAUAUCGGUCAAAGAGACCAUAGUUCUAAAAAAAUCGAAAGAAAAAGUUCUUUAACACCUCUGUGUUCAGAACGGCUGUUGCCUACGCGACAUCAAACGGGAAAUGCCGUCCUAAGUAUAAUAAAAAACGGAGAAGUUUGUAUAGAAUUUCUUAAAAAUCGGAAGACUUCCAAGAACGAUUUCGUGCGCAAAGUAAUGAGGAUAUCCCCAGAUGGUAUGAGGAUAGUUGUGUAUGAAUUAAAAGGGGGUCGGGGAGUUCCUCUUGGUGAGGAACCUGCCCCAGUACCCCCUCAAGGUGCUGAUCAAAUCUACGGAUUGGAAAAUUUGCCCGAAAAACUGUGGAGCAAAUAUGCAUAUGCUGUAACGUUUGUCGAUUUAGUGAAGGCUAAAACGCCGAAAGUGACGUACUACACUGACAAAGCGAAAUGUUUUCUGAUGGAAAACCUAUACGAUUUUGAAGCUUGUUUUUAUGACGGUGGCAAAGUAACUAAAUCGAUUACUGGGGGAAUAACAAUAAUCGACGCAUCUGGAAACAAGUUCCAUGACAAGUCCGAACCAAGUUCGAAAAGUAGCCUUCUUAAUGGUACAUUAGAAUAUUUGUGGAGCCACAGUCAGCAAUCGUUCGAUUACUGUGUACUAUUAGAAAAAACGCUCUCUACUUUACCGCGUCCUUCAUUUCCAAUCAUAGUUGGCCGAAAACCGACCUCAAUGGGCUCUGUUGGUAAAGAAAACCAUCAAAACCAUCAGCAAACAAUGCCAUCUUUUACAGUAUCAUAUACAGGUACAAAUAUUGGAUCAACGUUUGCAAACAGUUCUAAUGCAAGGGAGAAAAAAAUUGUAGUACCAGGAGUGGGUACUGCCAGUCGAUUGGCAAAUGAAGUAGUACAAGUAUGCUUUAAUGAUGGAUCUCAGAUGGAGGUAGAUGGUAAAACCGUAAAUUAUCGAUACCCAAACGGCCACAUAUCUUAUUAUACAGAAAAUGAAGAUAUGCCACCAGCAAUAACUGAAAAAGUACAACACAUGCCGAAAGUUCUAAAAUUUUUAAAUUCACAUUCUGUUACACAAAAAAUUGUUAAUUUAAGAUAAAUAAGUAAAAAUAUAUUUAUAUAUUUAUAUUCAUUGUUACACAAUUCAUUUACAAUGUAAGCAACAUGCACUAAUUAAAUUAUUUCCAUAUCUAGACCUUAA